AAAAAGAAUUUUGUAGGUGAAAUUAUACAAUCUCUCUAUUUCUCUCUUAUCUCAAAAUUAUACAUGGAGCAAAGUGAUGAAAUCCCGAUACAGUCCAGCAAUCUUUCGAGAAAAAUCGUAGCGAUUUCUGCUGGAGAAGCACACACUCUCGCUCUAACUGGAGAUGGAAAGGUGUAUUCUUGGGGGAGAGGGACAUUCGGCCGGCUCGGCACCGGUUCGGAGGAGGACCGGAACCUUCCGGUUCUGGUUAAAUUCUUCGGUUCCGGUGAUGAGAGGGAAGAGAAGCUCAAGAUUGUUGCAAUUGCUGCUGGGGCAUAUCACAGUCUUGCUCUUGCUGAUGAUGGAUCAGUGUGGGGAUGGGGUUAUGGCUCGUAUGGCCAAAUUGGUGCUUCCGGAGAAAACUCUAUGGUGCCUCGCUUAUUAGACGGUUUCUUUGGACUGGGGUCCCCGGGUUCUUCAGCACAGGAUUAUGAAACGAAGAGAGGGAAGCCGCUUAAGAUUUCGUCUGUCAAAGCUGGGGGAAUGAUGUCACUGGCGAUAGACGAUAUUGGGUCGCUUUGGAUGUGGGGGAACUGUCCCCAUCCUCCGCAGACCGGAUCAUCGGAAGGAGACCUUGAACAUGAAAGUAUCUCGGCGCCAGCUCCGGUCUGGGAUUUCCAUGGACACACUGUUGUUAAGGUUGCGUGUGGUGACGAGCACGUUGUUGCAUUAGUCAGUGCUGGAGAGGCAUAUGAAGGCGGCGACCUGCUGUGCUACUCAUGGGGAAGUAACAGCAACGGCCAAUUAGGAUUGGGCGAUACGGAAAGCAGGUGGCAACCGGCAAUGGUGGAAACGUUCAACUUAGAGUCCCCGUGGGAGGUCUACGAUAUAGCUUGUGGUAAGUCGCAUACGGCUCUACUGGCUCAGAGGAAGAGACCGAGUGACACUUUAGAGAGUGUUUGCUGGACGUUCGGCUUGGGGGACAACGGGCAGCUUGGUCACGGAACCACCCAAAAUCUAACGUCCCCUCAACUCGUAAAGGGAUUGCCAGAGACUGUGUUCCUGGUAUCGGUAGAUUGUGGCUUGUUCCACACGAGUGUCGUCUCGUCUGCUGGAGAGGUGUGGGCUUGGGGAAUGGAGAGGGGCCUAGGUCUAUGUCCCAAUGCUAGGUAUUUUGGGGCGGAUGCGGGAGAUGCUCUUUCUCCUUUAUUGAUUCCUUGCAAUGGGGUAUACGACCCCCGGUUCCCGGAGCCUUUGCAGGUUGCGUGCGGUGCAGCCCACACGGUUCUUGUUGCAGACUCUGGGUAUAAGCUCUGGUCGUGGGGUAGGGGACGAAGUGGUGUCCUUGGAAAUGGUAGGACGGACGAUUGCUACGUCCCCACCUUAGCACUAUGGCCUCUUCUCUCCGAGGAUUUCAAAGAAGAGAAAGCAAACAAUGUGGAGCAAACCGAGCCUGUCGGAAAAAAAACUCCCGAAGGAAGUGUGGAAGCAGAUAAAAAACUGUCCGCGGCAAUGGCUGAGAUGCAGCUUCUCCAAUCAAAACUUUCGGUAGUGGAAAGAUACGCAAGCAUGCUUCAUGGCUCGAUUUUUGGGAGGCCUCUCCAAGACCACGAGAUAGCCUCUCUCCAGGAGAACACUAAAUCUGAUAUUGCAAAAGAGUGGGAGGCUAUGCUGGAAUCAUCGGAUCAGAGGAAACUCGCACACCUAGAAAUGUUCUACCGUAACAUGCUUGCCGGUGUGAAAGAUAAGCUGAUGAAGAAAAGGAUACAAGAGAUCGUGAAGGAGUGCCUUAAAUCACAGGCUACCACCCGAACUGAAUGAAUGCAGUCGUGAUUUGCAAAUAGCGGGUACAGAUGCCAACGACUCAGGUUAUUACGUUCCAAGUAUCUUUGUGUACAAUGUGUAGCAUUUAAUACCUUCUGAAUCAAGUUUGUUCUCACAUGCAUGCUUGAUUAGAUCUCACGUUAUCGGCUUUGUAUUCGUGUCGAAAAAGCUAUAGUCCAACAGAAUGUGAUUGUACUAGUUUGUAGUCCCCGUAAUUCGUGGUUUGUUGUCCAGCAUUUCUUGCAUUAAAUUGAAUAAGAAUGCUUUUCCUUUACUUUA